AUGUCGGAACUUAGCUUCCCUGCCUCCUCGGCAGUUAUGCUUGAGUCUAGGCUGCCCACAGCAACACCCUCCGGGGCAUCAUCAUCUCGGCCAUUCGUGACCCUCACAUUUGCAACUUCACUCGACUCUUCGCUUUCUCUGGCACCUGGAGUUCGCACCCGGCUCUCAGGACCCGACUCCAAAGCCAUGACUCACUACCUUCGUUCACGGCAUGCAGCCAUUCUCAUUGGCGUUUCCACCCUCCUGGCUGAUUCACCAGCCCUUAACUGUCGUAUCGCUGGUGCAACGAGUCAACCCCGUCCCAUCAUCAUUGACCCUCAUCUCCGUUGGAUUCCUAGCCAUGAGGAUAAAGUUCUCGAGGUAGCUCGUCUAGGUAACGGCCUUGCCCCUUUUGUCCUGACAGGGGCAGGCAUUCAGAGCUUACCAGCCGCAAGCGUUGCGUUACUCGAACAGCAUGGCGGCAGAUACAUACAUGUACCAACCGCGCUGGGCCCCAAUGGUCGUAUGCGCUUUGAUUGGCGCGAUGUAUUUGAGGCCUUGUUUCGUGAAGAUUUGUCUAGUGUCAUGGUCGAAGGAGGCGGUCAGAUCAUCAACUCUUUACUUGACCCUCGCUUUCAUGAUUUGGUCGACUCUGUUAUUGUUACAAUUGCGCCUACAUGGCUUGGUCAAGGAGGCGUCGUUGUUUCUCCAGAGCGCCUCCAGGAUACAGCAGGUGUUCCAAUCCCAGUUGCAAGAUUAUCGGACGUGUCAUGGCAUCCUUUCGGCGAGGACGUCGUAUUAUGUGGCAAGUUGCAUGGUUAG